CUACCGCAUUGGGCGGGGCUUGGUGUUUAGAAAAUGAAGGGAAAACGGCGGGUUAGGUUAUAACACGCCUUGAAUCAGCGUUUCCAGCGAAUAUCCUUCAAUUAUGUACCACUCCCGUUCCGGAGACCACGACGGAGGACAUGUGGACGUGUGAAUGACGCGCCGUGAUGUCUGUAACAGUCACCGUCUGACCACAGUAUAUGAUAGGGAUUGCCCAUUAAUCCAAAAGGAGACACAGUGAGUGACAUGAUGGAGGCUGAAGGCAUCUAUGUGGAGGCUGGCCAGCCUGAAGAGGUCUACACGGAGCACCAGUACAUGUGCAGCGAGUGCCACCUGCUCUUCAACACCCUGGAGGACGUGCUGAUCCAUCAGCAGAUUCACACCGGCCAAGAAGGUGAGUUAGAGGCCGGCGAGACCAUCCUGUGUGAGACGGACCUGCAAGGCCAGCAAUACCAGUGUCUGGAAUGUGGAAACAUCCUGGUCAACUCCGAGGAGCUGCUUCUGCACCAGGAGAUGCAUAUGAAGGAGACGGCUCAGCCAGAGUACAGUGAGGCCCUGGUGCCUGAAGAUUCUGGUACGCAGUCUCCCAAAGCAGUCCAGUACCAGUGUCUGGACUGCUUGGCCCUGUUUGACUCACCUGAUUCUUGGCUGGAGCACCGCAGAAGCCACAGCACGAGCGCCACACACAGCCACAUGGAGACCAUGGAGUACGUGCUCCAACCAGACGGCACCGUGACUCCCGUCAACAACGUGCCAAACUUUGUGCUGAGUGAGCAACAGGCUGGGGAGAUCUUGGCACAGGUGUUCGCACAGCAGCAGAAAAAGAAGACCGACCACUCUCAGGUUUCCAAAUCUGGCUCACGCGCUUCCCUGCUGCCCCCUGUGACGUCCAACCCGGGCUUGGCCACCAUGCACCUUCAGAUUCUAACCGCUCAAGCUCUGGCUGACGGUUCCAGCCUGCUUGGUCAGGGAAAGAAGGGCACCCGGAGAGUGGAGCUGAGGUUGGCACCGAGCGCCCGCAGCGACACCCAUCGGCAGGCGGCUGAGGUGGUGGUCAUCCACCCCUAUGAAUGCUCCGAAUGCUCCCUCCUCUUCCAAAGCCCGGAGGAUUUACUCCAACACCAGGGGGAACACUUCCUGGGGCAGGACAAAGAAAGCGCAGAGGCGGGACAAAUAGGUGGAAUUGAGAAAGCACACAAUACGGACAACUUGACAAUGCGACAACCAAACCAGUUUAGAAUAGCGGAGAAGAAAGGUGUGGCAUGGGCCAAGCCUCAGCAAUGUACGCUGUGCGACCGCACCUUCAACUCCGCCAACCGCCUCAGUGCCCACCAGCGCGUGCACGAGAUGGGCACGCACGAAUGCAGCGAGUGCGGAAAGGUCUUUAAGAAGGAAACGUCGCUGCAGACUCACAUGCGUUCUCACUCGGGCGUGGCCAGGUACCUGUGUGUGGACUGCGGCCAAUGCUUUACCACGGAGAUGACCCUCAUCGUGCACAGGAAGUUGCACACCUCAGAUCCCUUUCACAAAUGUCAGUUCUGCAACAAAACCUUCGCCAACAUGACCAAGUACCUCUACCACCGGCAAACACACCUCAGCCUUGACGCCUCUGGUGCAAAGAGCUCCAUUGCUACCACCAGUGUGGAUGCCGCGCCACGCCGAGCAUCUCAAUCCACCCUCGCCAUCCUGCAGAGAGUGAGGGAGAAAAACGUUCGCCUGAUGCCCCCGCUCACAGAGGAGGAGAUGGAGAAUAUGGAGCAGGAUCCUUCAGGGAGAAGUGAGGUGGCCAAGCAGGAAGAGAAGAUGAUUGAGGUUGCGGCAGCAGCGGAAGUCUCAGCUGCCAAAGCUCCUGAGGAUGUCGCAUCCGGCUCUUCGGGAAGUGAUCCCUCCGUGUUGUUGGACAAAAAAACAUUCACUUGCCAUUCCUGCUCAAAAACAUUCCCCUCACAGAUGCAGUUCGUCUACCACCGGCGCAAGGCGCACGCCGCCGAACGCAGCUUCGUGUGCGGCGUAUGCGGUAAAUCAUUCAAGAAGCAGAUCCACAUGCGCAACCACAGCCGCACGCACACGGGCGAGCGGCCGUUCCAGUGCGCCGACUGUGGCAAGACCUUCUCGUCCCUCGCCAACCUCAGGCGACACAACCUCAUCCACACGGGCGUGAAGCCUUACCACUGCAACUUGUGUAAUCGCUCCUUCUCGCAGUCGUCCAACCUGCGUCAGCACAGCCGGCUGCACCUGGGGGUGGCUGGACUGAACUGCCCCGAUUGCCCCGCCACCUUUAGCAACGCCAACAGGCUGGCGGUGCAUCGCUACACGCAUCACCCGGGAUCUCCUGCCCCCUUCCCGUGCCCUCACUGCGCUGCCGGCUUCGUCACUGGGAGGCGACGGGACGAACACUGUUUGGAGCAGCACCCCCUGCUGCCCCCGGUCGGAGACGCCACAGCAGUAAAUGAGACGGGAUUAGAAGAUUGUGGCGUUGUCACACAAGGAGGUCUGGACUGUAACAUCUGCGGUAAAAAGCUGAACUCUGCCGCCAACCUGCGACUUCAUAAACUGAGCCACCUGGGUCCCGGGCGGCUACGCGGCGCCUCGACGAAGCGGCCUAAAUCUCACCAGUGUCUCAUCUGCGGCAAAUUCUUUGUUUCCACCUCCGGUGUGGCGCUGCACCAAAGGGUCCACACGGGCGAGCGCCCCUUCCCCUGCCAGGUGUGCGGCAAGCGCUUCCGGCAGAACACGCACCUGCGCGAGCACCUGCGCACGCACUCCGGGGAGCGGCCGUUCCGCUGCGAGGUGUGCGGGAAGGGCUUCAUCCAGAGCAUGCACCUGGCCGAGCAUCGCCGGACGCACACGGGCGAGCGGCCGCACAAGUGCCCCUACUGCACCAAGGCCUUCAAGACCUUCUCCAACCUGAGGAACCACAAGAAGACGCACAACAGGCAGCAGAGGCUGGACAAGGAGGUCUCCGCCCAAGUUGCAGCGGCGGCUUCAAGCUCGACCGUGACCGUGGUGGAAGGUUCUGCAGUGGAACUUGCCAAGGGGCAGCCUCACCUCAUCCAGAUUCAAUCAUCUGAUGGUGAAAAGGCCAGCCCAACCAUCAUGUGCAACGAGUUUGGGGAGACCAUUGCCAUCAUUGAGAGCAGCGAGGGCGGGGUGGUGCCUUUCGAGCAGGCGCUGGAGAUCUUUCACACAGCGCUAGAGAACGGCCUCACCAUGGAGACCGUUUCCGUUGAAGGAAUGCACCUGCUCUGAGGACAAAUAGCCAUCAAACAAACGGAAUAAAUGCUGAUCAAUGAUUGAUAAGUAGCAGGUGUUGAAUCUGCAAAGUUGUGAGACAGCAGAGUAUUUUGAAAUGUACAAAAAGUGCUUUAAAAGCUUUUGGCUUGUGU